AUGGUGGACCAAAGGCUGCUGGGGACGUGCGUCCGCAUCUCCCCUUGGGUGCCGCUCGUGUGCAGCAUCAUGUGCACCGUGGGCCUGCCCGUCUGGGCGAUCUACACACGCCGCGCGCUGGACUCGACGCGCGUCUUUGCCGACACGCUCUUCGGCGCCCGCACAUUCUCGGUCGACCAGCUGGCCAGCAGCGUCAACUGGGUGACGGGGCUGGCAGUGAUCGUCAUCAGCUGCAUCGUGGGGCUGUGCCUGCUGCUAUCGCUGCUGCGGUCGUACCAGGAGACCGCGCGGCUGCCCACCACCAAGUGCAGCUCUCCCGGCAAGUUGUCGUACGGCGCGUACGCCACCCUCAUCAGCGCCAUCACCUUUGGCGUCUGGAUCAUGGCCGUCGUCGUGGCGGUGCUGAUCGCGGCGCAGCUGUGCUGGCUGCUGCUGGCCUUUAUGUUUGAGACGGCCCUCCUGCAGGGCACCCAGUCCCCCACCACCAGCGUGGCGCCCCAGGCACUGUACGAUGCGGCCCGCACCCUCCUCAACGGGGUGGCGGCCAACCCCGCCAUUGUCGCGGCCUCCAGCCCCAUCUCUGCGUCCGCCGCCACCUUUGCCAAGGCAGCCAAUGAGGCGUCCAUUGUGGUGUGCCCCGUCAACUGCCUCAACCUGGGCUCGUUCGCCGCCGUUUUUGGCGCGGCUCGGUCCUGUACCUGCGCCGCCGCGGCGCAAUACCCAAUGCUGACCUCACUCGCAACAGACACCUGGAAGAACCUCGUCCACGCGCUGGCCGCGCUGGCGCUGAUGGGCCUGGCUGACCUGUGGCUGCUCAUGAACCUCAGCGCGCAGUUUGCUCACGCCAGGCGGGACGUGCGGGACCUCACGCCUGGCAGGUAUGCCACCGCCGACCCCCGCAUCAGCGAGGACGCCGCCGCCGUGUACGUCACCACCAACCCCACCUACGGUAUCCCCGGCUCGCCCCCCAAGAAGGGCGGCAGCGGCGGCCGCAAGGACACCGGGGCCAGCGGCAGCGACACUCGCAAGGUCGCCUCCUCCUCUUCGGCGGGCGCGGCCUACGCCCUGCCCGACGCCCUGCUUGGCCCCGGCCCCGCCGCCCUGCCGCUGGGGCCGCCGCGCGACGACUACCUCCCGCACGUGGGUGCGGGCGCGCAGGAGCCGCAGUCCAUGGACAGCCCGGACAGGGGUGCAGGCGCCGGCGGCGGCGCGGCCGGGGCGGGCGGGGAGGGCGCGAGCCCGCACAACACGACCGCGCAGCGCUACGCCGCGUACCGCCUGCGCGCCGCUCAGGUGAAUGGCAAGUCCCCCGGCCAAGACCGUGGCAAGUGGCAGCGCUGA